AUGCCAGCAUCCUCAAGCGGCAGCGAAGGUGACCACGAGAAUCGUGCGAGGGAGGCAGAGAGGGAAAGAGAGGAGAAGCAGGACAGACCGGUGGCGAACGGUGACGUCGUCAUAACUCAACCCAGCGAUCGUCAACUCAGAGACUGGCACGAUGACCUCUGCUCCUGCCAUAAGGACAUCGGAAACUGUUUUCUCGUCGCCUUCUGCCCACUCUGCGCGGCGGCCUACGAGUUUCAUGAGCACAAUGAGAAUCCUUUCCUGGGUUUCUGUUUUACCGCUCCCCUAAUGGCUCUGGUAGCCCAAUACCGUCUCAAGAAUGGCAUUAUGGGAAGCCUGUGCACAGAUUGUCUGGCCACCUAUUUCUGUGGAUGCUGCAUGCUGUGUCGUCUUCACCGAGAUUUCAGACACUCGUCAAUUUAA